AUGGAGAACCGCAGCAGAGUUGACAGCCCCAUCAACAUGUCACUGGUGGGCAGAGACACUGUCCUGGGCUUGAUGGAGUACAAGACUGUCUCUGUCUUCCUGGUGCUGCUGAUCUGUGGGGUGGGCAUUAUCGGCAACAUGAUGGUGGUCCUCGUCGUGCUGACCACCCGGGACAUGCGGACGCCCACCAACUGCUACCUGGUCAGCCUGGCCUUGGCUGACCUCAUGGUGCUCCUGGCGGCCGGGCUGCCCAAUGUCUCUGACAGCUUGGCUGGGCAGUGGAUCUAUGGGCACGCCGGCUGCCUUUGUAUCACCUACUUCCAGUACCUCGGAAUCAAUGUCUCUUCUUGUUCCAUCAUGGCCUUCACUGUGGAGAGGUACAUCGCCAUCUGCCAUCCCAUAAGGGCCCAGACAGUGUGCACAGUAUCCCGGGCCAAGCGUAUCAUCACCGGGGUCUGGGUGGUCACCUCUGUUUACUGCAUGCUCUGGUUCUUCCUGGUUGACAUCAACAUCACCAAAAACCAGAGCCUAGAAUGUGGUUACAAGGUUUCCAGGAACCUCUACUUGCCCAUCUACCUGCUGGACUUUGCCAUUUUCUUCGUUACCCCCUUGGUGGUGGCCACGGUUCUCUAUGGGCUGAUUGGGAGGAUACUCUUCCUGAGCUCUCUCUCCCACCUCCCCAGCUGUGUCGGCCCGGAGGGCUGCCCGGAGGGGAGCGCUCCAGAGAGGGGAGCAGAGCAGGGCAAGGCUGGGGGCCGCCCCCGGACUAAAGGGGCCUUGUCUUCUAGGAAGCAGGUCACCAAGAUGCUGGUCAUGGUGGUGGUCCUCUUCGCUGUCCUGUGGAUGCCCUACCGGACCCUGGUCCUAGUGAACUCCUUUAUGGACCGCCCCUAUCUUGACCCAUGGUUUCUCCUAUUCUGUCGAACCUGUAUCUACGCCAACAGCGCCAUCAACCCCAUUGUUUACAACCUCAUGUCCCAGAAGUUCCGGACGGCCUUUAGGAGGCUGUGCAAAUGCCCAGAGGAAGAGCCUCAACGGCGAAUGGUCUACCUGACCACUGCCAGCUACAGUGUGGUGCAGGAGGCCUUCCAAGCCAAGCCCAGGGCCUUGGGCAAGAAGCAAGGGCAAGCUCCGCCUCCUUUGGAGCAGGAGCAGGAUGCUGAGAGUCCUCAGCCCGUUGGCCAGCCGGCCAGCCAAGAAAAGCCCUAUUUCAGUAUGGUCUAGCGCCUUUCUGCCACCUCCUUCCCCUGCUUUCUCCUCUUUCCCUUAUAACCCUGCACGGUUGGGUUCUUCUCCUCUUCUAGGUUCCUUUAAAGACCUUUCAAGUGAAAAAAAGAGAUUUGUGAAGAGAUGAUGGAGAGAAAUCACCCUAAGGAUGAAUGCACCAAAAUCUUAACAGAGAAAGGCUUUUCUUCUCAUUAUAAUUACUUAUAAUUAUAAUAAUCAUGAUUAAAACACAAAGAAUUACUUAAUUCUUUGUAAUUAAAAAGACUGUGACAUCAGACAGGUGAUAUCAUUAUGUGUAAGUGAAUUGGAUUGGAGGGAGGGAGGGCGGUACAAGAUCACCAAUCUCACUUUCUCCUUCAGAGCCUCUGGCUCUAGUGAUUGCCAGCAGCCUGGAGAACCUGGUGUGCAGCUCUGGAAACAGCAGUAGGACCAAGAAUAUGAGAAUUUAAGAUAUUCCAUAUGGAGAAGGAACUGGAAAUGACUACACAGUCCAAUUCUCUGCCAUUUUCAGCUUUUCCAGCUAUAUGGAGACUCUGGACUCUAAUGUGAUGUUAACCCAUUGAAUCUUCUUCCCGAGGUUUAAGACUCAAGGAAAAAACAGACUUUCACUAUGUGGAAAAUAUCUGGAAAAAAUGGAAAUUGAUUCUAUUAUGGUAUAGAAAGAUAGACCUGAUAUACCUAAUCCCCAAAAUGAAAUCUCUUUGAAUGGAAAAAAAUGUAAAAACGACACUGAAAAAUAGCAUAAAUUGAAGGCAGUGCUCCAGUUUUCUGGUCACUAGAUUUGGGAAAACAGGGAAGCCUGUUUUCAGACUGAUAUGGAACUUUUUAUAAGGGAUAUUUUAAAAGGAGGAUAAUGAUUAAUGUUUUCAACAUGGCUAUUGUACACUGGGUUGAGAAGGCUUUUUGGAAAAGUAUUUAUUAAAGGCCAUACCCCAAAGAAACUAGCAAAUCUAAUGAGAAUAGGAUUCAAUUUUGAGACAAGUAUUUGAUAUUUCUAUAGUACAGAUCUUACAUGAUUUUGAAAUUCCUCCAUAUGUCAAGUUCAAUCUAAGAUGACUUGGGGUAAUUAAAGCUAUACAAAUGUGACUCAAGAACUCUGCCAGGACAUUCUUCUGCCAACAUACCAGGUAGAAACUACAUAUCAGCAUUUAAUUGGGAUGAAAUAUCCAAAUAAAUAGCAAGAAAAAAAAUCUAACAAUAGAAUUAUUUCAAGUCCUUCUCUCCAAGAGAGAACAAACCCCCACAGACUCCCAAGUCAGAGUAGGAAUAAGAGAAUGCUGACAUCUGCUGCUGAAGCUACCAUUCCCUUUUCCACCACGUCUGAUGUUGUUAUAAUGCUUCUUCUUCAAAAGAGUGUAGCUCAACCUAUCUCAAGGGUCAAUCACAUUUUCAGAACUUUCUUUAGAAACGCCCCACCAUACACGACUGCCAUACAAAUGUGUUGUUCAGACAGUUAUAAAAUAUUUUUUCAUUUUUUUCCUUCAUUUCCCCAUAUGGAAAAUUUCCCCAAGCCUCAUUCCCAUUUUGAGCAGAAUAAGCCAAUUCGUUUCAAAUCCCAGCAUGUCCCUUUCUGCCAGUGCUAUAUAAAUUUCUUUGAAGUUUGGAAAAGCUUCAAUGAGGCAUUUAACAAUCUUGUAAGGGAGGAUGGCCAGUUCAAGCUUUACAUCUCUGCCAUCAUACUUCAGAUUUCUUUAAGUAGAUGGAAUAAGAAUGUCUUAUGAUGGAAAGAUUUAGGGUUCAGGAGGACUGAAUUUUAGUUUUAAUUCCACUAUUAAUUAGCUAUUCCUGGAUUAAUCACUAAACCCAUUUCCUCAUCUGUAAAAUGAAGAGUUUAAUAAACUGACUCUUUAAAAGCAAA